AUGCUGGAGGUGUACCCAGAGGACCUGGCCGUUUCAGCACUGCUCGAAAUGCAACAUCUCUCCCUUACCCAGAAAACGGGAAGCGGAUUCAGAGGACUCGAUGACGUGUUGGAGGUGGCAGCAGCUGAGGUGGUGGCAAGCGUGCGGCAGGAGGUGAUGAGGGAGAGUGGUGAGAUGGAGGAGGCGAGAGUGACGCCCAUGCAGAUCUCCCAUCUUGUCAAAAUUUCAAGCAUCGUGAUCGCAUCAUCCCGCGCCAAGGCCAAGCGGCGCUAUCAUCCCGCGCCAAGGCCAAAGCGACGCCAGUGGUGCUCAUGUGCUGCUCCUGCAAGAACGUCAAGCCCAUCCCCUGCCGCCCUGGCUGAGGCGGCGCUAUCAUCCCGUAUCAAGGCCAAGGUGGUGCCAGUGGUGCUCAUGUGCCACUCCUGCAAGAACGUCAGGUUCACUCAUCCCCUGCCGCCCUGGCUGAGGCGGCGCUAUGAUCCCGUGCACGUGGGAUCGCACGGCCCAGGUACCCUCUCUCCUUUACACUAUUUCUCCCUCACACUUUCACUCCCUCCUCUCCCUCCUCUCUCUCCUUUCCCUCUUCUCCCCCGUCUCCCCUCCUCUCCAUUCUUAAUCCUCACCACUGGUGGGUGGUGGUGCAGAAUUGAAUGGCAUGUUCCUUUCCUCCGCCUUCUUCCUCCCCUCUCCUUCAUCGGUGCAUUAGCAGCCAGAGAAAGAGCCGUGUGUGGUUCUACCCGGAAGAAGCAAUUCGUUCUUCCUCCCUUCUUCGUCUCUCACUCGUUUGUGUGCGAGCAGCCAGGGGAGGAGCCAUGCAGGGUGGACCAUAUGUGGUGCUGCUGGAAUGAAGUGUAG